AUGGCUCUUGUUCUAGGGCGCCGCCUGCUCAUGGCGUUGCUCCUCGCGGGCGCCUGCGCUGCGGAGCGGCAUGCCUCGCCGCCGGAGGCGAUGGUGUACCGCAUUACGGCCAUCUACAACUUCGGGGACUCCAUCUCGGACACGGGGAAUCUCCUCCGCCAAGGCAACACCGGGCUGCUGAACUACACCACGGAACCUCCUUAUGGCAUCACCAUCGGCCACGCCACCGGCCGUUGUUCCGACGGCUACCUCAUGAUCGACUUCCUUGCAAGAGAUCUUGGCCUCCCGCUGCUCAACCCAUACCUCGACAGGGGGGCGGACUUCACGCACGGCGUCAACUUCGCGGUCGGCGGCGCCACCGCCCUCAGCACGGUGACUCUCGCCAGGAGGGGCAUUACCAUCCCACACACCAAUAGCUCCCUUGAAGUCCAGAUCAGAUGGUUCAAGGAGUUCAUGAGCUCAACCACGAACCACCCUCGAGAGAUACGUGAACAGCUAGCGAGGUCACUGGUUAUGCUGGGGGAGAUCGGUGGAAAUGACUACAACUACGUCUUCCUCCUGCCCCGGCGGACUAACGGUCGAUAUGACCGGAUCAGCAAUGCCACCCGCAUGGCGGAGAGCAUGGCACUUGCUCUCGCACUUGUACCUCAAGUUGUGCAAUCCAUAACAGACGCAGCCAAGGAGGUGCUCGGCAUGGGCGCCACGAGACUGGUCAUCCCGGGCAACUUCCCCAUCGGGUGCAUGCCCAGCUACCUGAGCUCGGCGACCUCCGCGUCAUCGUACGACGCCUACGGCUGCCUCGUCUCCUUCAACCUCCUGGCGCGCGCGCACAACGCGCGCCUGCUGCGCGCCGUCGGGGAGCUGCGGCGGUCGUACCCGCGCGCGACGGUGGCCUACGCGGACUACUUCGCCGCCUACCUCGAGAUCCUCGGCGACGCGCCGCGGCUCGGCUUCGAGGCCCCGCGGAGGGCCUGCUGCGGCGCGGGCGGCUCGUACAACUACGUGAGCGGGAGGCUGUGCGGCGCGCCGGGGACGACGGUGUGCGCGGACCCGGGCGGGCGUGUCAGCUGGGACGGCAUCCACAUGACGCAGCACGCUUACGGCGUCAUGGCAGAGCUGCUGUACCGCGAAGGGCUGGCCUGCCCGGUUCCGGUGAAGCUCCCGCGCCAGAAGGAUUGCCCGCCCCGCCAGUGAGUUGAUGAUUCAGAGCUUCUGAUGAAUUUCUCUAGUGGAAACAUGUCGGAAUCUGGAAUCACAU